AGUGCAUUUCUGUGGUUGUAUAUCUAAUCAUGUCAAUGUGUUUAACUGACGCUCUGGGACUGGGUUGUUCCCAUUGUGGUCAACAUAAUGUGAUGGAGUGCCUCUUAAAACUCACUGCCUUGUUGGGCCUAAAUCCUAUUUAACCUAGGUUAACUAAUGCGCCACGAAAUAACAUGUGGCACGUGUGGAACUACCAUACGCCCUCUUUCUCUUUUGAAACUGUAUGCGUCUAGGUUAUUGGUUAUGUACAGAACAAUGUGUUCAUUGGUGAAAGACACGACUUAACGACUACAUGGUUUUCUAAUUCGUAUUAUGACCUGAUACUCUGUCGAGGGAUGCUUCCCCUGAGCCGGUAGGCGUACAUCCGUGCGGGUUUCCUCUCACGCCUUGAGCCGUAAAACGAUAAUCCAGCAUCCUCCGCAGACGUCCCUGUUUAAGAGACUGCAUAGAAAUAAGCCCUCCAAGUUGAACAGAACUCGAGUUGGUCAAGUAAAACAUACAAACCCUAAUGUUUCUGAAGAGCAUGUUUUUUAACAGCGAAAAUUUAAGUUCAACUGGCCUCAUGAACUGAUUCGUCCUCGAAACGGAUAGGCUAUUUGUUGAAAGUUUGAAGACGAGAGGCUGCAGGCUCCCACCCCACUGCUCAGGUUGCAGAGCUCCACAGGACCCGAACCUGAGGGGCUACCAUGGGAGAGGUUGUUAUAGUGAAGGAGGGCUGGCUCCAUAAGCGAGGAGAGUACAUAAAGACAUGGAGGGCCAGGUACUUCCUGCUGAAAAGCGAUGGGACGUUUAUCGGCUACAAGGAGCGGCCGCAGGACGUGGACCAGCUUGAGACACCGCUCAACAACUUCUCUGUGGGCCAGUGCCAGCUGAUGAAGACAGAGAGGCCGAAGUCGAACACCUUCAUCAUCCGCUGUCUGCAGUGGACCAGCGUCAUUGAGCGCACCUUCCACGUAGAGACUCCAGAGGAGAGGGAAGACUGGACCAAGGCCAUCCAGGCAGUGGCAGACAGCCUGCAGAGGCAGGAGGAGGAGAGGAGGGACUCAACCCCGGACCCAUUUGACAUGGACCUGUGCCCCUCCAAACCUCGUCAAAAAGUGACUAUGCACAACUUUGAAUACCUCAAGCUCCUGGGAAAAGGCACUUUUGGGAAAGUGAUAUUGGUGAAGGAGAAGGCCACUGGGAAAUACUACGCCAUGAAGAUCCUCAAGAAGGAAGUGAUAGUGGCGAAAGAUGAAGUAGCACACACUCUGACAGAGAACCGGGUUCUGCAGAGCUCCAAGCACCCUUUCCUCACGGGUUUGAAGUACUCCUUCCAGACACACGAUCGAUUGUGCUUCGUCAUGGAGUAUGCCAAUGGUGGAGAGCUCUUCUUCCAUCUAUCCCGGGAGCGCGUGUUCACGGAGGAGCGCUCUCGCUUCUACGGCGCCGAGAUCGUGUCCGCGCUGGACUACCUCCACUCGGAGAGGAACGUAGUGUACCGCGACCUCAAGCUGGAGAACCUGAUGCUGGACAAAGAUGGCCACAUAAAGAUCACAGACUUCGGGCUCUGCAAGGAGGGCAUCACGGACGGGGCCACCAUGAAGACCUUCUGCGGCACGCCCGAGUACCUGGCCCCUGAGGUGCUGGAGGACAAUGACUAUGGCCGCGCGGUGGACUGGUGGGGUCUGGGCGUGGUCAUGUACGAGAUGAUGUGUGGCCGGCUGCCCUUCUACAACCAGGACCACGAGCGUCUGUUUGAGCUCAUCCUGAUGGAGGACAUCCGUUUCCCACGUACCCUUGGGCCCGAGGCCAAAGCCCUGCUCUCCGGUCUGCUGCACAAGGACCCAAAACAGCGGUUAGGAGGAGGCCCUGAUGAUGCUAAGGAGAUCAUGCAACAUGCUUUCUUCUCUGGGAUCCAGUGGCAGGAUGUGUAUGAGAAGAAGCUGGAUGCACCCUUCAAGCCCCAGGUAACGUCUGAAACAGACACGCGGUAUUUCGAUGUGGAGUUCACUGGCCAGACCAUCACCAUCACUCCCCCUGGACAAGAUGACAGCAUGGAGUCCUUUGACAGUGACAGGAGGCCUCACUUCCCACAGUUCUCCUACUCGGCCAGUGGAACUACAUAGCCCACCUCUCUCUCUCUUUCUUUCUCGCUUUCUCGCUUUCUCUCUGUCACUUUCUUCCCUUCAUCCACCUCAUUACCUCUCCUGUUAGCCCUCUCCCUCAUCUUCAGCUCUCCUAUUUCAUCCCUCUCUCCUCAGUCCUCCAUCAUGUCUCUCUUAAUCCUCUAUUCCUCCUCCCUCCCUCCCUCCCUCCCUCAUCCCUCUCUCAUUUUCCUCCUUGACUCUCAUCACCCUCUCCUGUGUGCACUCUGCUCUCAUCAUCACCUUUUAACUUUUCCUCCAGCUCCCUCAACUUCUACGGUCCCACCAUGCAGCUCCGGUUCUGCUUUUUCCCAUAAUCCCCUCCUUUGCCACAGUGAGGGGCAACACUACACACUUCAGGAAUCGCCCAAGCCCCCCGCCCUCCCCCAGUUGCUAUGGCAUCACCACAUCUGUUACAGAGACGUUUGCUUUCUUUUCUUUUUUUCCUCCGCUUUACUUUUUCGUUUGUCAUGGUUUGUUCUGUUUCUGCAUUUCCAGUAGCUCUCUGUCUGAUUGCUGUGUCAUCUGAACUGGCUCUUGAUUGGUUCAGACACGACACAGACAUCACUAGGUACUGAUACUGCAAAAAAGGAAUGUCUAGUUGUUUAUUUUUUUUAAAGAAUGCCUCACUCUGUCUCUUCUUUUUGGGUAGGCAAGGGAGGGUCAUUUUGAGGUCUGUUGGAGGCUUCUGUUGCUUUAGAUAAGAUAUUUUAUUUUAUUAUAUUUUUUAGUGCUGUCAAUCAAUAAAAAAAUUAACUAAUCAAUCGCACAAUUUGAUGUAAUUAACCGUGAAUUUUUUUUCUUAAGACUAAACCUUGUAAUAAUUUAAUAAUGUAAAAUCACGGAAUUAAUGUAGAUUCAACACAAAGGAAGUAUAUUAAAAAUAAAAUACUAUUAUUUAAUAGCAUCUUUUUAACUUUAAACACAGAUUCUCUCCUGGGAACUACAGAUUUCCAAUAAAAACAUCAAGGCCAUCAAAACUGACUAUCAGCUUGAGAGACUUUUGAUGAGGGAGCUAGCAGCUAGGUCAGCCAGUCGGUAGGUAGAAUGCGGUCUGAAGCUCGUUGGGCUAGUCAUGCACCACCUGAAAUAAUAACAAAACCCAGGCAGCCGUUAAUAGUGCUGUUUUUUUCAGUGUGUUAAAUAUUUCAAAUUCAAUGUUAAUGUUAAUGUUAAAUAUUAAUUUUGACAGCACUAAUAUUUAUAAAAGAUCUCCUCCAAUUAGUGUCAGUUUCCCAGGCAUGCAUUCAGUGACACUGGGUGUCUGUGGAAGGAGGGACCACAACAGGCAAAAGCCUAAGGGCUCCUGUAGGCCUGAUCCAUCUAUGGAUUAUUAAGUCCCUCUUCUUGUCCUCAGCGCUCCAACUCAUCACAUGCGAUUCCCGUAGGUGGUGUUUUACUUGGUGGGGGGUUUGCACCCUUCGGGGGUGGGAAGGGGGGUGGGGGUGGGGGGGUAAUUAAGACACUUGUCAUCAAAAUGAACAUAAUCCACGCACAACUUCUUCAACAGUACGACAGAUUUGAUAAAUCAGUGAGGGCAGCUAUUCCCAUCAUUUUCAAAAUAUGGUCAUGUUUGUAGCUAUGCUACCAGAUGGGGUUAUGGUUAUAAGUAAUGUUUCUUGUAUUGAUGGAUUGAGCUUUUUUAUCUGUGUGGUUGUACUGAUGUACUGGUCUGUAUGGUGGUGGUGAGCUUUUGAUGACUGUGAUUGAUGUUUGAUGAAUACAAGUGUCUUAAGCUGUCAUGCCUGACUGGGCCAAAGGACCCAGCCUGCACACCGGGAAGAUGGAUUUGGCAAGCCCUGGAACAAAACGUGAAAAACUGAAGUAUAUAAAUGUGUAUGCCACCCCCUAAGGAGUUUGGUUAAAAAGCUAAACUAAAAAACAUGUUUGAAUAAAUUAAAGCUAAAAAAAAGAACAAGAACAAUAUAAAUCGAAGCUCAAAUGGGAUUUAAGCAGCACAAGUCUCAAUGAGAGGGGGUUGCAGUGCUUUUUUCUGGAAGUUUAGCCAUAUGUCACUGGCUGAGACAGGUGUGGCUGUUAAUGAUGAUUAUAAUGUUGGUCACGUCUGAUCAACACACUGCACUGUGCUGUACGAGGACUCUUUAUUCCCCCUACUGAACGCUAAGACAAUGUUCAGCUCACACGGGUGCCCCGUCCAUGCCUCGUCAGGCACUCAAGCGCACACAGGGGGCGCUGUUCUGUACAGGCACAUAGGGCUCAUCCAAUUACUCACACUUGCACCCUUGCAGCCUCAAGGUGGGUUAGUUAUUGUGAUGUAGAAUGGUGGACAACAAGACAUCUCAUUUUUUCACCCUUCUAACGUUUUGAAAGAUCACACCCCUGUCACGCACCCUUCGGACACUUCACAAAAGUGCCACCUCAAGGAGCGCUCUAAGGGUGCAAGUGUAAGUAAUGAAAGUAGACCAUAGUAACACUUUGAGCACACUCCUGCAUGGCUUACCCCGAGAUGAAUCUUUUCAGAUGCCGUACAUUUGUGUUCAAAUGCUAUAGGAAGAAAAAGAAAAAGAAUAUCUAUUUUUGCCAGAAUUUAAAAAAAAAACAGCAACCCUAGACCCCAUGUGUCAUAUCUUAGCUCUUCGCUUCUAGCACCUCACACAAGCUGCCAAAACUUUGUUUAUUUUCUAUAGUGUAGAGUUUAGGCACCUCCACAACAGGAGUAGAGAUUUGAUGAAUCAGUUAAACACCCAUUUUUUGGGAGUAUUGAGGAGUAGACAGACAAAAGGCACAGUUAGUAAUAUAAAGCUGCCUCUUUAACUCACAGUGUGUACGUUUGUUUGGAUGGCAAACACUCCCCAUGUGCUUGGAAACAAAAAGACGUUCAGGAUGUUUUUGUGUGCAUACUCCCAUUAAGUCCCACGGUUGGAAAAUCCUGUCCACUGUUUUUUUUAUUUUCUUAAAGGGUAGUACUCUCUAUUGCACCUUUAAUGUGUGAAUCAAAUGUAGCUGUUUUCUUUUGGUUAGUUUUGGAGAAUCACACUUAACUACGGAAGGUAUAAGAGGACGUCAAGCGAAGGCUCUGGCUGGAGGUCCAGCUGGAGGAUAUGACAGCCUUACGAUGUUUGAAACCAUGGUAACAGCACUUGUCCACCUUCUUGUGGAACAGAUGCACAGUUGGUUUUAGAUUUUGGUUUUUGUAACCUUGAAAAAUGAUUUGUGAAUUUAAAUGAAUGUAAAACGGCCCUUUGAUAAUCCAUUUUACUGCUCCUUUCGUUUCUAUUGUUUUUUUUUAAAAUGUUUUGUAUAUUUAAUUCCUUUUUAUUUUGAGCGUUUCUUUGCUGUUUUUGUUUUUUUCCCCCAGAAUUUUCAACCUCAGUGUUUGGGUUCGUCACAGGUUUCAAAGCCAGAGGAAUACUUUUAUUUUUAUUUUUAAGUUAUUUUGCUCUUUUUUCUGUCUAUCCUUGAAUGGAUGAGUGAGUGAGGUACUCCAGACACCAACUGGGAAUAAAGGAUGUUUCUCUUCACUGUAUUACCAUUCAUGCAUCACAAGUUUUGUCCAUUUUGGCCAGGAAAUAAAGAUUUCUUUUUUAAAA